CGUAGUAACCAGUAGCAGCAAUCAGCCGGUGGUGGUCAGUGGGGAAAAAUGAUGGCGGACGAGAAGUUAUUCUUCUCGAAUGCCGUCCAACAAUUGGCCAGAUGUCUAGCCGCUAUCAAGCCUACACCAUGGGAGAAAGUAGCCAAAUUGUACAAGUUAUGUCCACAAGAUUCAGCUCAGGGUGUAUACCGUUUGGAUCAAAGGGGUCAGGACGCAACCAUUGCAUUGGGGAUUUAUUUUCUGGAAUCUGGCUUGCAACACAAAGAUCGGAUCUUACCCUAUUUACUGAGAUUGUUACGUGGUCUUCCGAAAGCAGUAUGGCGGGAUGAGGUGAGAUGUUCACUCGCCGAGAGAGUUCCAGUUGCAGAGCGCUUUAGCUUCUGUCUCAAUACAUUGUUAAGCGACGUGGCAGCUAGAAGUGAAUUGGCACGAGAAGAGAUUAUUUCAACACAAGUUGAAAUACUCGCGGUCUUAACAAAUUUGAUACGCGGAUAUAAGGAACAAAAUAGUAAUAGGGGUUUGCAGGCAAAGAUAUCAUUAUGCAAAUGUUUGGUCCCAGUGCUGAUUGGAUUAGCACGCUCGAUGGGUCGCUUCGCGUGCACGGAUCCGCCGUUGCUUUGUCGUAUCUUUCCACGACGGGAGACCCCGUCGCCAGCAACCAACAUGGAUCACAGUCGCUCAAUGCCUGAUAAGAAGCAGCACAGUUUUACAAAUUUCAGACCGAUCAUUCCGCGAUCGUUGAGUGGCAAUUUCAAUUCUUGUAUCGACAAUACACCUCAGUUGUUGUCUGCUUACGAUAAUCACGACUAUCACUUCGGCAAGAGACCGUCGUUGCAAUCUUCCCUGUCUGUACCGUAUGACCCGACAACGUACUUCUUCAGCCGUUAUGGAUCAAGUUUCAAUCAGUUUCCGCAGAUGCGCUGCAAUGAGAGUCCUGAGAGAAGAGCCGGCAUGCAAUUUACCGUAGUACAUUUGCAGAGUGUGUUAGCUUUGGCCAAAAAGUUACUCACGAAAGAAAUACUGACGUUUUUAGAUGAAGAAGCGCAACAAGUUUACAGCUCCGGUCAAGUGCAUAUUUUUCCAUAUCGUACGUUUAGCGAAACGAUGAAUUUGGUGAUGGUAGCAUUGUUGCGCGAGUUGCUGCAGAAUCAACGUGACUUACCGGCCCCGUUCACGAGGGAUGUGCAGGAAUUUGUCAAAGGUUUAUUUUUGUCGGGUCAAACAGAGCUGCAGUCGCGACAGCAUGAUGCGAGUGAGCGCGAAGACAUCGAUACGAAUUUCCGGACCGUGAAUCGCUUCAAAGUGAACGUGAUGGCCAACUCUGCGUGCGUUGACCUGCUAGUUUGGGCGAUCGGUGAUGAAACAGGUGCAGACAGUUUGUGCGGACGACUCGUAGAAAAAAUCAAUUCCAAUCAUGGGCCGAAGCUGGUAUUGGCGCACAUGCCGUUACUCAUGGUUUGCCUCGAAGGAUUGGGAAAACUGGCGCAGAAGUUCCCCAACAUAGCGAGUACAUCGAUAUAUUAUCUGCGGGAUUUUCUCGUUGUGCCGUCGCCCAUUCUUCUGAAAUUACAUCAACAGCACAGCGAACGUACCAUGAAAGAGCACCAGUUCAAAGUUCUUGUUCAAGGGAAAGAAAUCAGCGACACGAAGCAGACGACGUCAUCGGUGCAGACUGCGUUUGAGAAACUUCGCGAUGCAGCCAUCGGCAAUCUCUGUAUUGCCUUGGAAGCUGCGCACUCGGUGAAUCCGGAUUGUGUGCCAGCGCUCGUAGCCAGUGUCUCGAACAGAUUAUUCACUGCGGACAUUUGCGAUGGCGAGAGCGAUGAGAAGUCAAACAGUGAGGUGAUUUCGAAGAACAUCGUGAUCAUGUUAGGCCAUGUGGCUGUGGCGCUGAAGAACACGCCGAAGACUAUGCGCACGAUCUUUCCGUUUUUCCAACAGCUCUUUUGCCGCAGUCCCAGCGACCUGGACUUCCUCAUAGUGGAUCAAUUGGGCUGCAUGAUCAUCGCCAAAUGCGAGCCAAAGAUUUAUGAAGGGAUAAUGCAGAUGUUCUCCAUGUCGUUGGGCUCGAGUACGGCUACAUACGCCGCGAACGACGAUCGCAAGCAAUAUUGUCACGUCUCCAAGGCUGUCACGAAUGCGUUGGCGAACAUAGCGGCGAACCUGCAGGGCGAGUCUGAGCUGGACGACUUGCUGCUUCAUCUUUUGGAAUUGUUCGUGCAAUUAGGACUCGAGGGUAAACGCGCGAGCGAUAAGAUGCCAAACAGUAUCGCCGCAACGCAGAAGGCAGCGAGCAGCGCCGGGAAUUUGGGGGUACUUAUUCCUGUCAUCGCGAUAUUGGUGCGACGUCUACCACCGAUCAGACAUCCGCAGAAGCGGCUCUUGAAGUUGUUCAAGGACUUCUGGUUGUAUUGCGUUAUAAUGGGUUUCGCCGCCGAUCAUCCUUCGAGAUUGUGGCCUUCUGAAUGGUACGAAGGCGUCAAAGAGGUUGCCGUCAAGUCACCCUACCUCAUCUCUCAGACCAGCGCCCGUCUCGAGAUGCGGGAGCUGCAGUAUACAUCAGCGGUGCGCAACGACAGCGUCUCUUUGAAUGAACUGCAGGAGCUACGCAGUCAAGUGUUGAAAAUCAGCACUCGUACAAACGACAUAUCGGCUUACGUGACUAAGUUGCAAUUCGCGCAGUGCACCUACCUGUUGUCCGUCUAUUGGUCGGAGACAUUACGAGUAGCUAACAGCCCUGAGCCUAGCCUGCAACCGAUAAUGGAGUACCUGUGCGACACGGAUCUGCAGAAGGAUAAGAGCGGUAUGUGGCAAUGCAUAUGCUGCGUCGCAGACUCGGUCUUCGCGAAGUUCAAGGACGUGAUGCAGCGCAAACCGAAGGACGAGCAACGCGAGCGGGAACUCGAGAAUCAUGCGCAGUUCAUGCUGGUGCGUUUCAACCAUGUGCACAAGCAGAUCAGGCGAGUGGCGGACAAAUAUCUCAGCGCUUUGGUAGAUGCUUUCCCACAUCUGUUGUGGAACUGUAAGGUUCUUUGGAGUAUGUUGGAUAUAUUACAGAUUUUAUCGUACUCGUUGCAACUCGACCCGAACGAAGAGAGCCCGAGUUUGAGGAUACCUGGCACGCCGUACAGCAUUGAACUGAUGAAUACCAUCGAAGCAAGAGAAAUCAUCGUGAAAGAUUUCACCGCGAGGUGCAAAGGUAUAGUGCAGGAGGCCAUGAAGUGGGCGCCGCAAGCUACCAGAUCGCAUUUACAGGAGUACAUCAACCAGAUACCAUCUUCCGGAAUGUGGCAUCAUUCAGGUUUAUCGUUGGCCAUCGACUCGGUCCUCGAAUUUGUGGACACCGCAAUUCCCACAGCGGUUCCAACAAACACGAACUCCUUGGAUAAAAGACCACGCGGUCCUAAAGGCGCGAGCUCGUGGCUUCUGUCGAUGAUGUCUACGAGAUCGUGGCAUGCUGGCGAAGUAGCGGGCAUGCUUGCCCUCGCGCGUACCGAGUCACCGACGGCGGAGAUGUCGCUGGAAGAGAGCAGAGACAAAGUCGUCGAUAGAUUGAUCGAAGCCGUCCAUCGUGCCUGUCAAGAUCGCAACGAUGCCGCCCAUCGUGGAGCUCUUUGGCGCGCCACUGCUCUGUUAAUAUCUAUGCCUGGGAUACACAGGCGAUUACUACACACGGUCGCGUGCUCGCAAAUAGAAUUGUUCACGACCGCGGUCAUGACCACUGCGGUUGAGUGCUGGCAGUGGAUUCUCACCGUACGACCAGACUUGAAGUUGCGUUUCCUGCAAGAGAUGCUGCUUGCGUGGCAAUAUACCGUCGACAAGCGGAUGGGCCUCUUCGCCCCGAACGAAGAGGAGGUCAGUCCUCUCGCGGUCUACGAGGGCUGCAAACUGGGCCCGAAUCCGCCUCACAUAAAGCCGCACGACAUCUGGGUAACGUUCAUCGUGGAGCUCAUCGAGACGGCCAAGUAUUGUUGUCAGGAGACGGUCGAUAUGAUCGCCAUGCUACUGCAUCGUUCGUUACCCAUGACCGUCGGUGCGUCCGGCGAGGAACCUGGGAUCAAUCGACACGUCGCCGCGGUCGGCGUGCGCUUCAAGCUGCUUUCGUGUGGCUUGGUGCUACUGCAAGGUGACGUUCUGCCGAGGACAUUGAGCAAGAAUGUCUUGCGAGAACGCGUAUAUUCCAAUUGCCUGGAUUACUUCUGCCGGGAACGUCAGUUGCCGACUCAAGAAAUCGACCAACUGACCGAAGAUAUAGUUACGCUGAUACGCUUUUGGCAGGUGAUGCAUAGCGACAAGAAGUACUUAAUGAUGACAGGAGCGGAUAACGAAUUUGAGAUAGUGACCUCCCAGAGUUGCACAACCGCGAUGAUCGUUCCAAGCGAAACGAUCGGCUCGUUAGCUGCGACUUUAGCCCCUACGCCGAACGAGUUCUCCAAGUCGUCCAGCAACGUGUGGAUGAGCACCAUGCCGAUGUCGACUAGUAGCAAUACGUUGGACAAACGCAGCAAUCGCAGCAAACGGGUCGUGAACGCCAGUGUUUUUGUGAAGGAUUAUAUCAAGAAGAGAAAUUUGAUUCUCGAGUUAUUAGCGGUUGAGAUCGAGAUGUUGCUGGUCUGGCGUAAUCCUGGCGGCAGACCGGAGCUCGCCCUACAAGGGGAAGGAAGUAUCGCGGACUGGCGCGCCAAGGCGAUGAACGAUCGUUGGCGCGAGUACACGCGACUCGCGUGGGAAAUCAGUCCUGUGCUGGCGAUAUUCUUGCCAGUGCGGUUAAAGAACUCCGAAGUUAUUAUCAAGGAGAUCUGCGGCUUGGUGCGCCUGAAACCCGUGCCUGUUAUGCAUGUGUCGGAAGCGUUGCAGUAUCUCGUCACUACGGAUAAUCUGCUCAACGAUGUACCUGAAUUAGUUUAUAUGUUAACCUGGGCAAGAGUGUCUCCGAUUCAAGCAUUGGCGUACUUCUCACGACAAUUCCCACAUCACCCUAUCUCGGCGCAGUAUGCGGUACAAGUGUUGGAUAGUUAUCCUGCCGACGCUGUACUCUUCUACAUACCUCAGCUAGUUCAAGCCGUCCGUCAUGAUACGAUGGGUUACGUCAUCGAAUUCAUCAAGAAGAUCGCCAAGCGGUCGCAAGUGGUGGCGCAUCAACUGAUCUGGAAUAUGCAUACGAAUAUGUAUAUGGACGAUGAAAAACAAGUUAGAGACUCCGUAUUAUACGACAUCCUGGAUUUAUUGUCGAAGAAUAUUCUGAGUGCACUGUCCGGCCCGGCGAAACAGUUCUAUGAGAGGGAGUUCGACUUCUUUGACAAGAUCACCAACAUCUCGGGUGAAAUUCGACCGUAUCCCAAAGGACCAGAGCGCAAGGCUGCGUGCUUGGAAGCUUUGGCGAGAGUGCAGGUACAACCCGGUUGUUACUUACCGUCGAACCCUGAAGCGAUGGUCAUCGACAUUGAUUACAAGAGCGGUACGCCCAUGCAGAGCGCUGCUAAGGCACCGUUUUUAGCACGCUUCAAGGUGCAAAGAUACGGCAUUAACGAGCUGGAGAACAUUGCGUUAGCGGUGUCCACCAACGGGAAGAUCGAGGGAAGCAAGAGGGAAGCGGAUGAACAGACUUGGCAGGCUGCUAUUUUUAAAGUCGGCGACGACGUCAGGCAAGAUAUGCUGGCUUUGCAAGUAAUCAGCAUCUUCAAGAAUGUUUUCCAGAAGGUCGGAUUGAACCUGUUCCUCUUUCCGUACAGAGUCGUGGCCACGGCUCCUGGGUGCGGCGUGAUAGAAUGCGUACCGUAUGCGACGUCGAGAGACCAGCUCGGCCGUACGACCGACAGUGAUAUGUACCAGUAUUUCAUCACGCAGCACGGCGACGAGACGACAAAAGAAUUCCAGAAUGUACGCCGCAACUUCGUGAAGUCCAUGGCGGCGUACAGCGUCAUUACUUACCUGCUACAAAUUAAGGAUCGCCACAAUGGCAAUAUCAUGAUUGAUACGCAGGGUCAUAUCAUACAUAUCGACUUUGGUUUCAUGUUCGAAAGCUCACCCGGCGGAAACCUCGGGUUUGAGCCAGACAUCAAGCUGACUGAUGAAAUGGUGCUUGUAAUGGGCGGCAAGAUGGAAGCCGCUCCGUUUCGUUGGUUUAUGGAAUUAUGCGUGCAAGCUUUCCUCGCAGUCAGGCCGUAUCAGGAAGCUAUCAUCUCACUCGUCUCUCUUAUGCUCGACACGGGAUUACCGUGUUUCCGCGGGCAGACCAUAAAACUCUUACGCGGUCGAUUUGUGCCGACCGCUACCGAUCGGGACGCUGCGAUCUUCAUGAUCAAUGUAAUACGUAACAGCUACCUCAACUUCCGUACGAAAACUUAUGACAUGAUACAGUAUUACCAGAAUCAAAUCCCAUACUAAACGGUUACCGGAGAAAGUCUUUCCCUUUCCGAUGACCAGUCCAUCCGCCUUCUCUUCUCUUCCUCAUAGUCGUUAGUUGGUGAUGCGAAUGACGCUACGUUCGCUGCGAUUGUUGUUGUAGGUUGGGUAUAUGAAUGGGUACUGCACUGUUAGAUAUCGCAGCGAACAUGCUGCUUCACUCUGUGAAUCUCUGUACAAAUGCGUCGAUGUCAAUACUAUUUUUAGCCCCAUAUGUAUUUUAUGAAAGCGUUUCGCUCUGUAUGUAUGUAAUAAUGUAUAUUUAUCUACAAAACCACAUAUAUAUAAUAUAUAUAUAUAUACACACACACACACACAUAUACAUACAAUAGUGUCUGUCUUACGCAGCAUAUCUGUAUAUGAACACAUUCCUGUUUAAUUUAUGUGCUGUUAAUGGUUAAAGAUUAAAUUAAAUUACUUUAAA